UGUGGGACUUGUAACGAAAAGUACCAUAAUUAUCGAGUCGAUAUGUUAACAUGUUCUCACUAAACACAGCUGUUUGAAAAAAAUACACAAGUGAUUCAUACAAGGUCGAAAAAAUUAUUGAAAUAAAAAAGCGAGCAAGAUUUACCGAAAGGACUACCAAAGAUUAUUUAACAUUAAAAAUACAAGCUUCAAACUGGGUAACGACAUGUCUACGUCUUCAAUGGAAAGGCACCUUUUUAAUUUGAAGUUUGCCGUAAAAGAGUUGGAGCGCAAUUCCAAAAAAUGUGAAAAGGAGGAAAAACAAGAAAAGGCCAAAGCCAAGAAGGCCAUACAAAAGGGUAACAUGGAUGUUGCUCGCAUACACGCUGAGAAUGCCAUUAGGCAAAAGAAUCAGGCCGUCAAUUAUCUGCGUAUGAGUGCUCGCGUGGAUGCAGUAUCUAGUCGGGUACAAUCAGCAUUAACAACACGUAAAGUGACUGGCUCAAUGGCCGGUGUAGUUAAGGCCAUGGAUGCUGCCAUGAAAGGUAUGAAUCUAGAAAAAAUCUCAUCGUUGAUGGAGAAAUUCGAAUCGCAGUUCGAAGACUUGGAUGUACAAAGCUCAGUGAUGGAGGGCACGAUGUCUGACACGGUGACCACAUCUGUGCCACAAGGAGAUGUGGAUAACCUCUUGCAGCAGGUGGCUGACGAGGCUGGUCUCGAACUGAAUAUGGAACUGCCCAGCGGCGUGCAAUCAACUACCAUUGGUGCCUCCACUCAAGUGUCGCAGGAGCAGGAUGAGCUGACACAACGCCUGGCCCGUCUGCGUCAGGCCGAAUAAACAUACAAAAUUCUCUUAAUCUUGCUGUUUUAUAUUUCUAUAAGAAUAAUAAAAUAUGUGUAUAAAACUA